GAUUUCGUUGAAGGUCGCAAACAACCAGUAGGUGUGCCAAGUGUGGGCGAUGUUAAUACUAAAACAGUUUGUUUAAAACUUUUGAUCAUUGUUUUCAAACUGUCUCGUAGAUACUGGAGUACCGUUCAGGAAUUUAUCUAAUUCGUAUUAACCGCUAAAACGAUUAAUUAAAUAUUUCAAUCGCCGUUGAAGAGAUAACUUUUAAGUUGAACGACCUGAUUUUUUACAAGACAAGUGAAGGUUGGAUAGAAAGUCACUGCCAGUCUCCUAUCCACAGGACACCUUACUCGAUAUCACGAUGAUUUCACUUGGACCGGGUUUGCAACCCGAAGUAAUCCACACUGGGUGGCUCAAAAAACAAGGUGGAAUGGUCAAGAACUGGCAAAAGAGAUGGUUUGUUUUAGUUGGACAAGAGCUGAAAUAUUUCACCAACGAGGACGAGAAAAAACAAAUGGGAACAAUACAACUUGCUGGGAACAAGGUGCAUGUGUUUCCUUUCAAUCCAGACGACCCAAGCAAAUACUUAUUUGAAAUUAAACCAGGUGAUGGUCAGCAUAAAAUGUCAUCUUCACAUGACACAUAUUUACUAUGUUCUCAGAGUGCACAGGAAAGAGACGAGUGGGUGCGUAAAAUAAGAAGGGUGAUGUACGGGCAUCUCGGAGGAGGAGUUUUUGGUCAAAGUUUGACUGACAUUUUAACAACAGAAAGUGUGACAUCAACCAAGGUAAUACCAAACAUAAUUGAACAGUGUGUUACGUUUCUGAGAGAAAAGGGUCUUGAAGAAGAGGGCAUAUUUAGAUUAGCAGGUAGGUCAGCAUUGGUCAAAGAACUACAGGAAGCCUAUGACACUGGUCAGAAACCAGACUUCUAUGAACAGAAUGCAGAUGUACACAGUGUUGCAUCUUUAUUGAAAUCGUAUUUACGACAUCUACCGGAGCCUGUCAUACCAUGGGUUAAUUACGACCUGAUACUUGUCGCAUUGCGGCAGCUAUCGACAGACUAUAAAAAUGGGCGAGAAGAGUUAAUUCGACAGUUGGCGUUUCUGCCACGGUGUAAUUAUAACGUCUUGAAAUACUUAUGUGAAUUUCUUCAUGAUGUACAAAUACAUAAAGAUAAAAACAAAAUGGAUUUGAAAAACUUAGCUACAGUUUUUGGACCGAAUAUAUUCCGUCCUAAAGUGGAUAAAACAGAUUCAAUUAUGGAAAAUGCUAGUUUGAGCCAAAAACUUAUGCAUAUGUUGAUUGAAGAUUCUGAGGGAAUGUUUCCGAAAAACGAUCAGAUUAAUUUCUCUCCGUUUGGCAAGGAACCAGAAAAGGUGAAAGUUUUGACUGCAAUGGCACAGCCAGAUCUUCUGUCAGGUGAUGAUGCAAGAAACGGUAGAAUGCCGGAUAGCAUUCUGAUGCCAAUACCAGCUGAGAGUGCAGCUGCCAAUGAAAAACUGUCCAAUCGAAAUUCCGUUCUUGGAGAUCUGUUGGGUGAACUAUCCGAGGAUUCGGUGCGAGUCGCAGCUGAAAUUAACAAGACUGGGACUAUUCCCAUCCACAGCACAUUGCUUAAUUUGGAUGAAACAGCAUGCUCGGUAAAAGAAGAAAAUGAUUUAGAUGAACCAGUGCCGUCUCCACGUAAAAUGGGACCUCCGAUACCAACAAGACCUGCCCCAACGGCCCCCGCUAGAUCAUCUACUCAAAGACAAAUUCCUAAAAUACCACAGAGGCCGAAAGUUGAUGAGGUUCCUAAUGCUGCUCCCGAUAUGACGUUGUCUUUCUCAACUCUGAAAAUGCAAGUGGAGGCUUUAAAAACAGAAUUACUCAAACAACGUGAAGAAUAUGAGUCUAAAAUUUUGUUUUUAAAUCAGAGAUAUGAUGUUUUAGAGAUAAAAUUGAAGAAUGAGACAAAAUCCAAAAUACAAGCUGAAGAAAGGAACCAGGAACUUGUGAAGAACAUAGAGGCAUUUUGUAAAAAACAUGAUGUUCAGAUUUAAAAAUACUGGUAUCACCACGGCGACAAUAAAACAAUAGCAACCUUACAACCUGCCAGCAAUGUGUAUUGUGAAUGAAUUUCUUUUUUAAUUUUGAAAUUUUUUUUACAUAUAUACGAAGUAGACAAUAACAGAUGCAUAUUAGGUUACCAUACAAAUUGGGAAAAAAAGAUAAUAUUGAAAAAUUAAAAGGAUAUAUUACCUAUAAAUUGUUUUUAUUUGUACAGACCUUUUGGUGAUUUGCACUGCAGCUUAUCAUAUACUACUGUAGAAUACUUUAUUUUCGCUAUUUUCGCUGAAGGGAUGAUUCCGUGAAAAUAAAAUCCAGCGAAUAUACUUUUUUUCCUAUAUUUCACAUUAAACUCAUCAAAAAUCAGUGAAAAUAAAUUCCAUACAAAAUGCCUAAAAAGCCUUUUCAGCGAAAAUUAAAUCCAGCGAAAAUAAAGUAUUCCACAGUAUCAUGUUCUCUUCAAUUUACAUACUCAAUGUACAGUUGAUAUAAUUUUUAGUGGAUACUAAUUUAUUACUUAAAAUUGUGGGUAUUGAUUGAACUGUUUAAUUUUAUGACGAGGAACCAACAUUUUGUGGUAGUUACUGUGAGUGCAGAAACCAACAUUUUGUGAUAUCGAUAGUCACUGAUACAGAUUCCUGGACUGUGACAAAAUUGAAGCGAUUUCCAAUAACUACUUUUCAAAAUGCAUGAUAUGUUGAACAAAUUUGAUGAAAUAGACCAAAUAUUAAUUUCUAUUAUGUAGCUUUAUUAUAUAUAUUCUAAUUUUUUGAUAAUAAAAAUGAAUUUUACAAUUUCACAAAUGACAAUGUACAGAAUUGAAUCUUGAAGCCUGGGUACAAUACUACAAUAAUGGCAAAAAUUUGUCAGUUUAGAAAGCUUGUUAUCCUUGGUUACUAUGGUAACAGCUUGUAUUUAAAUUUGCAUGUGACAUAGGGUGAAAAAUGUUACUUAAAGCCAGGGUAAGUUUUUAACUUUUUUUCAGUGUUAUUAAAUUCUGGGUUAUAAAAAUAAAUAUAAAAUUUAAUAAAGCUUUUU